AUGGCCAGGACAGUAUCAGAUCCAACAGGAGGUGGAGGACGACCAUCAAACGCAUCGACCUCAGCUGGCGGAGGGGGAAGACAGAGUAUAGGUGAACCGAGGAGAAUGAAAAAUACAGCUAGGAAAAGUACAGGUGGCAAGGCUCCUAGGAGGUCAGGACCAUACAACCCUGCCCCAGGUCGUAGUGCGCCAGGAUACCCUCGGGCUUCAAUGGCAGAAUCUGAGGGAGGUACCCCAAGGGCUAAAAGACGUUAUAGACCAGGUACGGUAGCUUUAAGGGAGAUUAGACAGUAUCAGAAAUCGACGGAUCUGUUAAUUGCAAAAUUACCUUUCUCAAGAGUUGUACGCGAAGUAGCGUUGGAUCUCUCGUCAAACGAAGCUGGUGAUUUACGUUGGCAGAGUUCAGCAAUUAUGGCUUUACAGGAAGCUGCCGAGGCUUUCCUGGUGCAUUUAUUCGAGGAUGCGAACCUAUGUGCGAUCCAUGCUAAACGAGUGACAAUCAUGCAGAAGGAUAUACAGCUAGCAAGACGUAUACGUGGUCAAUGGCAUGGAUUGGGCUAG